CCGUCCGUAGCCGUAGAAUUCUUAACAUCACGGUCCUUCAACAUUCAUGCGAAUGCGGACCGGCGGGACGCUGUUCAUAGCUGUACGUGUUGCGCAGCCAUGGCUGUGCCCAACUCUUCAGUUUGCAGUGUCAAAUGGUGCAGAAACUCCCGAAGCAGUAACAGACAUAAAUUUUACCCCAUGCCAGCAGACGACAGGUAUGCAUCUUGGAUUGAGUACUCUCAGCAGUGGGAGUUGCGAUAUUUACCAAAGAAGGAAGUGAUCAGCAAGUGCUUCAUCUGCUCAGCCCACUUCACGGAUGAAGACUUUCAAGACAAGGAACGAAUUACAUUAAAACUGACAGCAGUCCCUUCAAUGCGUGUUAAUUCUACCAAGGCCAUAGUUAGAAGUGGACUGGCUGCAGCUGGUGCACCAAAGACAAGAAAUGUUGAGUCAACUUGCCAGAAUCUAAAACCACCUACACCAUCAACUUCCAUACGAAUUGCGCAUCUCCAAGAAUCGGACAGCGUCGGUCCCCCAGCUACACCUCUGCAAUCGUUACCAGGAAACAAAGCACCUGGAACAUCUCUGCGUGGCAGAUUACACGCAGAACAUGGAACUGGAAAAGAUUAUUGUGCCGCAAAAUGGUGCCGAAACUCCUCAGUUACUUCGGGCCUCUCCUUUUUUCGAUUCCCCAAGGAUGAUAGGAGAUUCAAAUGGUUUCACUAUGCAAACCGUCCUGAUCUUGAGGAUCUUCCCUUAGACAGACUGCAUGAGAGGAGGUUGUGUGGCACCCAUUUUACCUCCAGUGCUUUCACAAGCAAGCAGAAGACCUGGCUAAAAAAGACUGCUUGCCCUUCUGCCGUUGUGAGCGAUCCAAGGCUGAAACUUCUGGUUCCAGAAGAAUUUUUCCGUCCAAAGGAAGGAACUGUUAUUCGUACUACAGAAUCGACUGCAUCAUCCUCUCAGACGUCUCCACGCAGCACACCGAUGGAAGUGCCAGCAUCAGCAAUGCCAUCUCUACAAGGAGGAGAUGUACAUGAUAAGAGCCAGCAAGGAAACGCGGAUACAAACCCAGCAUCUUCACAGGAGCCUCCUCCCAAAAAGCCAGCCAAGCAGACAACCACGAGCAGGUCAUAUGUACCAAUAGCAAUGAAGAAACCGACAGAGACUUUUCCUCAUACAAUAUUCCUCAACGCCCAUGGGCCACUACCCAUCACUAUUAUCACUCCCCAGCCAGAGUCUGAAUCUUCUCAGAGCCUCAUGCCUCUAACUUCAAUGACUCAUAUUCCGUUCGCUCCAGGGAUCGUGUACUACAGGCCGUAUGAGACAGAGGAAGCACUCAAUACAGCAAUCAAUGUCGACGAAGAUACUGGUCCCAUAGACAGUCAAGAAGGGAGCAUGGAUAUUGAAGAUACACAAUUUUAUUGUCCAGAUUCUCCUGGUUCACUUUACUCAUCAGUUGUUGAGACUUCUGCUACUACAGUUGCAUUACAAACAGAAGAAAGCAACAUGGAAACAUCCAGCUUCAGUGUGCUGUUUUGUUGCUGCAACUCUGAGGGAGCAAACACUCAGGUCUCCCAUAAACCACGGGCCACAAAGUUAACCAAAUGGACUAUAUCGUAUAUCAAAUAUUCUUGACGGCUUUAGCAGGGCCAGACUAAAAUCACUAACAGCUGUAACACAUCUGCUCAGAUAUUGCCUUACUACACCAAAUUUAUGGCGAACACAAGCGGUCACAGUCUUCCCUAUCACAAACCAGUCCAUGAAAGCGUGGAGGGAAAAAUAAAUGCAUGAGUAAUGCAAGAAAGAAUGACAAAAAGCAGCUGUUAUUCGCCAUCCACCCCUCCGGAAGUUUCGUUGCGGUAGUCAUAGGUUCCAUUCCAGACGUUGGCAUGGACGUCGCGACCUAUGGCCAGUACAUUUCCUUCCCAUGGAGCCAUUUUCACCUUAUGUCCACGAUGCCGAAGACCGGCAAUGAUGUCCUUAAACAAGAAAAUGCACGAAUGAGCCUCGUAUUUGUUUCUGCAGUGCCAUCCCGUUAAUUCAGACUUUUGGAUAGUUCAAACCAGUGAUGGGCGGUAGUUCGACCAUAUGUAGUCGACGUAUGGUCGAACUACUAGUUACACUACUUUUUAUCUUGUACUACUAGUCCACGGACCCAGAAGAUGACGUGUGCAGAGUAAGUGUCUGUCUCUCGGUCUUCUUCGUGGAUCUAUGCCAGUAAGCCUGCACCCUCCCCUUGUUUCAUUAAUAAAGUAAACUGCGGAACUCUCUA